GGAAGCGCCGGCGCAAUGGUGGCCGAAGAGGGCCGGAGGGGUGACGUCACCGGCAGUCUCCGGAGAGAGCCGACGGGCUCCGAGCGGCAGCGCCGAGGCGCAGUCAUGGCGGCCGCCUGCGCCGCGGCCGCUGGGAAGAGCGAGGAUCCGGCGCCGGAGGCCGCGGCGCUGGCCGCCGCCCGGGAGCGGAGCAGCCGCUUCUUGAGCGGCCUGGAGCUGGUGAAGCAGGGCGCCGAGGCGCGCGUGUUCCGCGGCCGCUUCCAGGGCCGCGCGGCCGUGGUGAAGCACCGCUUCCCCAAGGGCUACCGGCACCCGGCGCUGGAAGCGCGGCUCGGCCGGCGGCGGACGGUGCAGGAGGCCCGGGCGCUGCUCCGCUGCCGCCGCGCAGGGAUAUCUGCCCCUGUUGUCUUUUUCGUAGACUACGCCUCCAACUGCUUAUACAUGGAAGAGAUUGAAGGUUCAGUGACUGUUCGAGAUUAUAUUCAAUCCACCAUGGAGACCGAAAAAACUCCCCAAAGUCUCCUCGGCUUAGCCAAGACGGUUGGGCAGGUUUUGGCUCGAAUGCACGAUGAAGACCUGAUUCAUGGUGAUCUUACCACCUCGAACAUGCUGCUGAAACCCCCCGUGGGACAGCUGAACAUCGUGCUCAUAGACUUUGGGCUGAGUUUCAUUUCUGCACUUCCAGAAGAUAAAGGAGUCGACCUCUACGUGCUGGAGAAAGCCUUCCUCAGUACCCACCCCAAUACCGAGGCUGUGUUUGAAGCCUUUCUGAAGAGCUACUCCACCUUCUCCAAAAAGUCCAGGCCGGUGCUAAAAAAGUUAGAUGAAGUGCGCCUGAGAGGAAGAAAGAGGUCCAUGGUCGGGUAGAAGAGUCUGACAAGUACUGACGUGCUGGCCAUUUGCGUCAAAGGGAAUUUGAAGGAAGGCUCCGAAUAUGAGAUUAGACCUAAAUAAAGGCAUUGAGAUCCUUUUAA